UAGGACGGAUGAAAUAGACCGGUCAAGGUAUAAUGUUGAAUAAGGGGAUGGGCUUGUUUUCUUUUGCCAGGGAACUUGAAAAGAAAAGGCUGUCAAGAUGUCUGAGACUGGCGGCGCAUCAGUUGCUCCCAAGAAGGGCUUGACACUCGAUGACCUCAUCGCGGCCAUCGAUCGACAUGAAAGGAACCCGAGCAACAUCCCAAAGGUCGAUACUUUCCAUUUCUGUGGGGAGAGAGUCUCAGAAUGGCUAGAGCGGGUGGAACAAGCUUUGGUCGGGCGGUCGGAUGUUGUAAAGUUUCAACUCAUCCUUCAGUAUGUCUUCCACAGCUACCAUCAGGAGGUGAAGAAAGUCAUAGAUGCGGCUCAAGGUAGCUGGGAGAGGUUCAAGGAGGGGAUGCAGAGGAAAUACUGCCUGGGAGACGGGUUGUUGACUACCACGGACCUUGAAGCGAUAAACAAAGAGGAUUUUACGACUAUAGGGGCCUUUGUUCAAGAAUUUAAGAAAAGGGCGCGGAAGAUCUAUGGGAUUUCGGAGGAAGCACAGUGCGCCAUCUUCCUGAGGUUACUCACAACGUCGGAGGCCGUCGAGUUGACGAGACAUGGAGGAGGUAGCAUUAAGCUCACCUGGGCCACCAUUGACAGAGGGGUGGAAGUUGGGUGCUUGGACCAGGUGGAACAACGUCAGGUACGCCUGCAAAGGCAGAAGAAAAAGGAAAGAGAUGCGACCGCUUCUGGGACCCCGGGGGUAACAAGGAUUGUUACAGACGUAUUGGCACAGCUAGGGUAUGUGACUGAGCCAGUGGUGCAAAGGAGGGUGGUGACGGCUGUCAACGUAAAAGGAAAAGAGUCAGUGAUAGAGGAGGCUGUUCAGGAGGAGCUCUGGGAAGAGGAAGAGCCGGUGCCGCAGCACCUGACGAAGGUCCAGCGCAAAGUGCGUAAUUUGGCGCAGGGCGGACAGGGAUCAGGAAAAGCGCAGGUGCCUCAGGCCCAGGCAGCAGCCCCUUUAUUUGUGGCGGCUCCAUCAUCUAGUACGGGCCCCUCGAAAGGUGGGGCGCCCUCCUACGGACAGUGGCCCUGGCCGGUGAUCAAUGCAAUUGUGCCAUGGGGAAGCCCGCCGCCAGUAGCCGCACCGCAAACGAGUAUGCCACCACCCAUCUACCCCGCGGCCCAGGCCCAACUCGUGGCCCCGCCACCUUCACCCGAUCCCAGUUCACAGGGUAGUGUUGUAGGAGGUGGGAACCAGGGGCAGGGCAAUCAAGGCAACAGAGGGAGGGGGCGAGGCAGGAAUGGCGGCGGAAGAGGAAGGCAAUGGAAUGGCCAAGGCCAGGGGUACCAAGGCCAAGGGAGUCAAGGCCAGGGGUACCAAGGCCAAAGGAGUCAAGGCCAGGGGUACCAAGGCCAGGGGUAUCAUGGCCAGGGGUAUCGAGGCCAGGGGGAUCAGGGAAGUCAGGGGUAUGAAAGACCCCGUUUUGACUGGAAAACGGCCAUCUGUCAACAUUGUGACCAGCAAGGCCACACUAUAAGGUUCUGUAAUAUAAGACAGGAAGACGAGAGAAGUGGACUGAUCUCCUCCACUAUGGAUGGGAAUAUCUACGAUCAGUUUGGGGAGGUCAUUGACAGAAGGCUUGGAGGAGUGAGGGCUGAAGCCCAACGAAGAGCGGCAGCUGGGCCGCCACCCCCUGCCAUGUUCAGGCUAUGGCAGGAAAAGGAAGAACCACCGAUUGGGGUGGAAGAAGUAGGAAGCGAUGAGGAAGUGACUCAAGGGCUACGAGGAGGAAGUGAGACGGAAGAGGCCAUAAUCAUCGAGUCAGAUGACGAGGAUAAGGAGGAAAGAACGGAGCCUCUGUCCGUCUUAUUUGAGAAGAUGGAGGACUUGCUGGAUAAGAUGGGGAGGUACCAACAAAAGUUGGUGGGCCUCUGUGAGGAAGUGAAGGGAUGGAGGUCUAACAUCCCCACAGUAUUCCUCUAUGACUCCGGCCCGGAGUCAGCGCCUGGGCGACCCGAAGUAAAUGUGGUGGGGUCGUGCCCACAAUCGGGAAUGAGGGGGAGACCCCUCACUCCGCAGGCCCGGAUGGCACAAGCAGCACGAACGAGGAAUCAAGCCAAGGCCAGUGCCAGCCAAGAGCCUCCAAGGAGGGAACCCAAACCUGGGAGAAGGAAAGAGGUUGUGGAAGUAGAGAACGACGAUGAUGAAGAGGAAGAGGACGAGAGGCUGCGCAGAGAAGAGGAUCAGAGAGUGGAGCAGCGGGCAAGGAAAAAGGGAACCAGGGGAGAGGCCGAACCGGUCAUACAUGACGGACCGCCCAAAAAGAAGAAAUACGUGGUCUGGUUGGAAGAGGGAUUUGACGUAGAGAAGGUGAUUGACCGGCUGCUGGAAGGGCAUAAUGACCUCAUGACCCUGAAGGAAAUCCUAGCGUCAGCCCCGCGACUCCGCGAUGAACUGAAGGGGAGGUUAUCGCGGCGCCUGGUGCCCAAUGUCCAUCUGGGUAUGAUCCUGCCCAAGGAGGCAGAGUGGGCAGAGUCAGGUACGAAGAUGGACUGGAAGUGCGUAGCCUGCGGUACGGUGGAUUUGAUGGUGAAGGGUUCCAAGUGCGCAGCAAUGGUGGACACCGGGACAGAGAUGAACAUUAUCCGGGAGGCGGACGCGAUCAGAUUCGGGCUGGAUAUAGACCGUUCUGACUGCGGUAUUCUGCAUGGAGCCAUCUGUAAGGCUGUGUUUUGCGGGACAGCCUCGAAUGUGCUUGUCGAGGUUGGAAAGGUGAAGGUCAGGGCAUGCUUCUUCAUAAUGCCGGACGUGGACCAUGGAAUCCUCCUGGGGAGGUCAUUCCUAAGCAGGACAGAGACCGUGAUGUUCAACAAACAUGAUCUGACGUUGAUCCUCCUCUUAUGCGAUCCUGCCUGCGGGAAUUAUAAAAUAAUUACUUGCAGGAACACCGGGCCAAGGAGUAUUAGGAACCGGCCCAAUCCAGGAUCAUUCGCAAUCGAGGAGUCGGAAGGGGAGCGCAGGAGGCUCUGGGCAGAGCCCGAAGCAGGAGAGAGGGUGGAAGCAUUUUCCCUCAGCCUGUCUGAUGUUGGGAAGGCCAUGGACCUGGUGGCCGCGCAUGAGAUGGCAGAUCCGGAUGCCAUCCAGGCCUUGAGGGAGCAAGUUCUGGAAUGCCCUGAGGCAGGAAGGGCCUUCGUCAAGAACUUUGCCGCUAAGACUGAACACCUGAGGAAGUUAGUCCGUCAGGAUCAGGAAUGGGUAUGGGGUGAGGAACAAGAAGAGGUGGUGGCAAAAAUGAAAAAGGAAUUUCGAGAAGGAGGGUUGGUAUUAGGAGCGCCAGAUUAUGACGCCACAGAGACGCGACCCUUAAUCGUCGAAACGGAUGCGGGACCGACUGCCUUAGGGGGAGUUCUAAUUCAGGCAGACAUGGAAGGAAAGGAAAGGCCCUUGCGAUUUGAGAGCCGGACUCUCUGUACGACGGAGAGGAACUACUCUCAGUUCAAGAGGGAGACCCUUGCUGUCCUCCACUUUCUGCAAAUCUUCCGGAACUAUAUCUUCGGCAGGAGGUUUAUUUCGAGAGUGGAUCCGACCGCCCUGACCUACUCUCUAAGGAAUUACGUUCCAUCGGAUCCGACGGUUGCCAGAUGGCUGACGUACAUCUGGAUGUUCAAUUUUGAAUUGAAACGGAUUCCUGGUAGUAAGAACUGGGCGGACAGAUUGAGUCGGAUCAACUGGGAUAAACAGGAAGGGGAGGCGGUGGAGAAUACGCCCCCAGUUGAUGGAUUUCUGGAUCAGGAAGAAGAUGUUCGUCUUCAUAUCAACAAAUGGUCGCCGCGAGUGCCCAGCUGUGUAGGCUAUCCUAUCUGGCAAGCGCCGAAAGGGUAUGAAAGGAGGAAUGAGCUAGUCCUUAAGCCCUUUGAUGAAGAAGAUCCCUGGGGCGGUAAGGAUGUUCAGUGGAUGAUGGAGCUAGCGCUGGCCAGCUCGCAUAGCCUGGUGGAGGACAUGAGAACGAUUGAGGAAGGACCUGGCCAGGUAGAACGGCAUGAGGACCUGAUGGGAGGAAUGUAUCUCCUCGUCAACACGUUAUUGCAGGAAGGCCUCGACCAGUCAGGCUCGUUGAACUCGACAGGAAAUGUGGACAAAGUGCCCGAGAGCCAGGACGACGAGUUCGAAGAGGGGGAGAUUAAGGAGGCUUUUCGUGCAGAGGAGUACGACGGGAUCUACCUAGAACUGGGGCUUCUUCUGUCAUGUGAAGUGCGGCUAAGGGAUGCAAGCGAUAGGGCUCAGAGGAUGCUGCAGCACUACUUACUAUUCCUGGACAACUUUUGGGAUCAUGCGAGGCGUAUGGGCUGGACCAUGGCCCAAACAAUCGAGGGACUGAGGGGAGUCGGCAGAUUCGAGGAGCCCGUCGCGCGGAUCCGUAGAGAGGCGACGACAAGAUCAGAGGUGGAGUGGAGGAUGCAGGAGCUGCGACCCUCGCCUGUGGGACCAGAUGGCAGGCUGAUCCGUCUAGAGAUCGGAAACAUGGCAGACUUCAUCCUUGCUUUCGAGUGGUUCAUGCAGGGGCAGGGUAUACCGAGAGAUGAGUGGGCGAGGACGCUACCACUUUGGACCAGGAAGGCGGAAAGGCCGCUGGCUAGCCAAAUCAGAGACAUGGCCCGGGACUGGGAGAGUUGCAGGGCACAUCUAAGAGAGGCCUUUCGACGGCCAGAGCCCCCCCAGCCCAGAGUCGAGAGACGUCAGAGGAGUCAGAGGUCGAGGAACCCUGAGCCCAGGGAGGUGAGACCGUCUCGGGGAGGACAGAAGGCCCUAGCCAGGAGAGAGGAGGAGCCGGAGCGGGAGCCAGAGGUUGAGGAGCGAGGGGCAUACCCUGAGUGUGGGUUGGGACUAGUGGAGUUCCAUCGUUUUAUUGAGGGUGGAUUGAGGAGGUCACCAGCACACACACGGGAGGAGCCGCCAGUGUCUGAAGGGCCGUUGAGGGAGUUAGAGACGCAUCUGGAUAUCUCUCAGUGGAGAGCGUCGCCUCAGGAUGAGAAGCAUGAAGAGAGAGUAGAAGGGGUGCCACGAGAGGAGGUACCACAAGAGGAGGUGCCACGAGAGGAGGUGCCACGUGAGGAGGUACCACGAGAGGAGGUGCCACGAGAGGAGGUGCCACGAGAGGAGGCGCAGGGUACUCAGCGAGAGAGCAGGAUGGGCGACGUGGGGAGACGUGCAGGGAAGGAAGUGAUAGAGGUUGGAGAGGAUACGCCCCCACAGGCGUCAGCGGUGGGUUUGAGACUCGGGGAUGCACCAGGGAGCACUCGUCAGGCAGAGGAGAGAUUGCGGAGAGAGGAGGUCCCACUUCCUUCAUCAGAGAGGGCUCCAUCGCCAGAGGGGAGAGCCGGCAGGAGGAGAGAAAUGGCAGUUGUAAGGAGGGAAGCCUUGACCCUGAUUGAUAGGCACCUAGCAGCUUAUGCCCUGGAGCAUCCAGACCUGGAGGAGACAGCAUCUGCAGAGCCGCGCCAAGAGCCGUACCAACCUGAGAAAGAGAUGGAAGUAGAAAUCCCGAAGAGGAUCGACCUCCGCACGAGGGAAAGGGCGCCAGCUGGAGAGACGGCUGAAGAAAAGAGGGCGAGAAAAACCAGAGGGAUAGAUGAGAUAUGGCAGGAGAGGCAGAGGUUGGAGGCAGCGGGGGAGCUUCCGGAGCAGCAGCAGGAGAGGCAGAGAUCGGAGGCAGCAGGAGCACUCCCAGGUCAGCCACCCAGCGCGCCAGCUAGGGCCCCGGAGAUUCCUGAGAUGUGGAGAGACUUCUGGGAGCAGAGAGGAGAGGAACUUCCAUCGCCAGUCAGAGUCGGGUUUGGGGUGGUCAGGAAGGCGGAAGAGAGGUUAGAUCGUAAAAUCAAGUUCCUGGCUAAGACCAAUUUUGACCGGCACUUGUUAUUGGAGGGCGAUCUGACAGGGAAGAAGAUGAAGGAAGCAAGCCAUGGAGUACGCCUGGAGGCUAUGGAGAUGGAAAUUCAGGAACUCGGGGCAUUGGUGGCCAGCCAGGCAGCUAUCAUCGAGAGCCUGAGGCAGCAAACCCAGGGAAGGGUGGACAUGCCAGAGAGCAGCAGGCAGGGAGAGCAGAGGCAGCCAGGACAGCCAUCUGCAGCAGAGCCUCGCCAGGAGCCACCUAUGGGGAGGGUUAUCCUAGAGCCAGAGGAAGCGAGAGCCCAGAGACAGGCGGGGAGAGAGGCAUUCGAGUUCAAAGCCCCUACCGAGCUCGCGACACUGCCGAUAGCAGCGGCGGGCCCAGUCGUACCUUUGGCAGUAGAGGAGGGGCUGCCACCAUCUAGCAGUGAGACGGCACAGGGCUCAGCAGAGGGGUCCAUGGGCGUGCUCCUUGAGGCGGUGCAUACUAUGUAGGAGGAGGUGAGUUUGUUUUCACCUGAGCAGAGGAUAG